AUGGCUCCGACGGCAUCCUCUUCCAAGAAGGCUCCAGCAAUGAAGACCCUGAAGACAACCCUGCGGUCACUGCUUAACAUGUUCCAGGACAUUUGUGGGUUUGCGGAGAAUUUAAGUGAAGUGACAAGUGCUAGUCAGGUAACGGUUCGGCUGGAGAAACUAGAUGAGUUAUGGGAGAAGGUAAACGAGAUGAUCCUAGACAUCGAGACCCACGAUGACCACGACGAAAAGGAGGACGACUGUUUCAAGCAGCGAUCGGCGUUCGGCAGCAAGUAUUAUGACUUGAAGUCCUUGCUGUUGGACAAGGUCAAGGAGUUUGAGGAACCAGCAGUUCUCAAACAAUCGACCCGAAGCUUGGACACGUCGCACCAACCAAUUGGGGAGCAUGUGCGACUGCCGCGAAUCAUGUUGCAGACCUUCGAUGGCAACAUCGAUGAUUGGCUGACUUUCCUUGAUCUGUUUAUAUCGCUCAUACACAGGAAUGUGGAAUUAUGGGAGGUAGAAAAGUUUCACUUCCUUAAGGGGUGCUUGGCAGGCGAGGCCAAGGCCCUUGUGGAUCCGCUGGUUAUUACAAGAGCAAACUAUCAAAUCGCCUGGGACACCUCGAUGAAGCGUUACAACGACAGUAAGCAGCUGAAGCGGUGCCAAAUCCAGGCGCUUUUCAAACUCCCAAAGCUGACAGUCGACAGUCGAUUUGCAGUCCCUGCUGGAGGGAUUCAAGAGAACUGCUCAAACAUUGGACCAGCUAGUUCAGCCCGCCGAUUACAAGGAUCUGCUGCUUCUGGAUAUCUUGUGCGCUCGCCUGGAUCCAGCGACACGGAGAAGCUGGGAGGAAUUCUCGUCCACCAAGGAGCACGAUACUAUAAAAGACCUGACUGA